UGUCAGAAUUAUAACGCAAAAAAAAUGACAAAGAUUAUUUCUUUCAUUGAUAUGGUUGCCUCAUAUCUGAAGUCUGAAGUCGCAAUUACCGGUUCCUGCUGCAAAUUUCUUUCAACUGCGCUUUUCUUCUCAGGACAAUACAGUCUCGGAGGUGGGUCUCGAUUCGAGGAGUUCUACACACUCCCUCCCGGCUUCUCGGUAGAGAACUUCGAUGCAAACUCAGUCCAAUUUGAUGAUUCGACUCCAGCGAAGAUGGAACCAACCGGUUGGAUCGUUCGCGAUGCAGAACUACUUUAUAUUCCGUCACCCUGCAUCUCUCGCUUGUCGUUGUCCGCAAAGCUCGUCCGUCCAGGAUUCGUAGAAUUCUCUUACCGUAUGCCGAAGAACAAUCGAGCACUUUCACUUCAUGUCGAUGUUCGAAACCAGCAAUGUCAAAGUUACAGAGAGGCGAUGCAGUCGAUGCUCACGAAGUACGCGGGAAGUGCAAAGGCUCAUAGAGACGAGUCAAACGGGGACUGGCAGAAACGGACCGUUGACCUUCGAACUGGCUCCAAUGUCGUAAGCUGGACAGUGACCAACAGCGCUGGAGCGAAGGCACCGUCCGAGCCAAUUCGAAUCUCAAGAAUCGAUAUUCUCGGCCUGGCAUUCACGCGAGAGUGCUCUUUAUGUCCGCCGGGUACUUCAUCUGAUGGUGGCGCAGCCGAAUGUGCCCCCUGUGAUCCCGGAUUCUAUGCUCCGAAAGGGGCUGCGAAAUGUGGGCGAUGUCCACAGACACAUUUUUCAGGCCCGAAGGCUGAGCACUGCACCGAACGUCCAGCAUGUCGUCCAACUGACUAUUAUCCUGUCACUGAACCUUGUACAAAUGGGACGACUCGCACCACCUACAAAAAAGUGCAGCCAGCUGUGUGUCGUGCUGAUGUGCUCGCAUUUCAGCUUCCUGCACCGAGUGCCACUAGAGCAUGCCCACCAUGCAAUCCCGGAAUGGCCAAAGAUGCGAACGGAGUGUGCGUCUUUUGCCCUUCUAAUCACUACUCUCAAGGCGACGCGUGUGUCCGAUGUCCGGUCGAGACUGUGCCCAUCUAUGGCUACGAGUACGUCGAGUGGGAUACCACCCCACCAAAUAUCGUCACCCGCUGCGAAUACAUAAGUGAAGAAGUUAAUACGGUGUGCGAUAUCGGGGAGGCAUGGUUAGCUUCCGGCACUGCCCUCGUUUCGGCGCCAUCUCUACAAAGAGGAAUUGCUCUGGAGUUUGAGCUUACAAUUACUGAAGGUUUCUCCAACCCCUUGGCGCCACCCGAUAUGCUACCGUCGCCUCAGGCUCCAAUAGCGCACUUUUCGAUCGUUUUCGAGACAAGCUGUGCUGAUAGCUCAUGCGUUUUAUAUGUCAUAGAGGUGAGCUAUUCCAUUUCUCUCCCUCAGAGAUCAAAUUGUCUAUGUCAUUACAGAGUCCAAUGGAGCACACAAAAUCGUCACAGUAUCGGUUCCUGGCGGCUUUCAACGGCAGUCAGAACGCCCACGAAGAGAAUGAUUCAACAAAAGCUAGGUGUAGCGUUUCUGCGUUCUGGAGCAACGUCAGGCGAGGAUUCAAUCUUGGAUCAGGCUCGAAUUCUGUCCAUAAAUGUCACGAAUAUCGGAUCAAACGGAGGAGUUCAAGGAGGUGGAGCCAGCAGAUGUCUUCCAUGCCCGAAAGGUCAACUUGGCAAAUGUGUACCAUGUCCACCCGGACACUAUAUGACACCAAAAGCACACGAAUGCGUCGUUUGUCCCAUAAACACGGUGGUUAAUACUUCGUCUGAUCGAGUGGGGUUACAGAGUUGCAUAGGGUGUGGGGAGAACUUGCAUUCGUUAGAUGGAGUCACCUGCAGGUCUGGAGGAUUCCUUCCCAUGAAUCAUUUCAGAACAUGGACUGCAACAGGCGUGAAGGUGUUUGCGAGAGAAGGAGCUUCCUAUUACCAUUCUUUCAACUUUUCGCUGUUCGGCAAGAAAAUUCAAUGUCAAGAAGUGUACGAUUCCAGUAACUCCUUCUCACUGAAGGGGAUGGAUGAAAAAUCUCGUCCAAUCGACAUACAUAUGUGGUUCGACUCCGUGGGAGCCACGUCAGAAGCUUGCCCCAGGGGGAACGCCCUUGUCGUCACGGCUAGAUGCAUGCCUAGCAAGAAAAAUCCUGAGAUUCGCCUGCCUCACACUUGCCCUGAUGGAACCUGCGACGGUUGUCUUUUCCAUGCUAUCGUAGAAUCGGUUCAGGCCUGUCCCGUCUGUGAGCCUGGUGAUUACGAAAUGAUUCGAGGUGAAUGCACAAAUGGACAGCAAACCAUUCAUCAUAUACCUGACAAGCACUGCGUACUGACGGGAAAGGAAGCACUGUCAAGGACUGUAGCCUGUUCAACGCUGUCGGAGAAGGAGAAGUUGAUGUUGAGCACUGGCGUGCUCGCUUUUAUCAUACUCUGCAUUGCUCUGAUCAUCAUCUGUCAAAGAAACAGGAGGUUGGAAUACAAGUAUACUCGCUUAAUUGAAUCACGCAAUGGUGAACUUCCUGCAGCAGAGACUUGUGGUCUGGAAGAUGACGAGGACGACGAGGCAGCCGACAGGGUGAUUUUCGCCAAAGGGCGUCGAAAGAUUUUCGGUGGUCGAGAUACGGAAGCUUUCGUACCUCUCGAGAACGAAGACUGA